AUGGAUAGUGAUAAUUUCUUGAAAGAACUUGGAAUACAAAUGGGAUUAACCGAUCUAACAAUUGGCGAACCUACCCCAUUUGGGCAAUCCUAUUACGGCAAUUUUUUUAAUAAGAAGCAAUUUGUUAUCUUAUUAAACGGAAAUUAUGAAUCAGAACUCGAUAGAAGCUUAUUUGCGAAACAGUUAGAACAAAUAGCUAUGAUCAGGCAUCCAGGAUUGUCACAAAUGUCUGGUUCUUUCGUUUUUAUUAACAAUCAAAUACGCCCAUACAUCAAAUAUCCAUUUGAUGAUUUAAUAAGACUAUCAGAUGUCAUCGAUAAAUACAAUUUUUCUUAUACAGAACAAGCAAUUAUUUUGGCAGGAAUUGCUGCUUCAAUGGGAUACCUUGAAGAGCUUGGAGUUUCACAUUAUGGAUUGAACCCAUUCUGCGUUUGCCUUAAUAAGGAAAAUCAGCCUAUAAUUCAGUGUUAUGGCAUUGGAUUGAUUGCUAACAAAUCAUCUGCAUAUAGCGAUGAAGAUUAUAAAGAAUACAAGUUAUAUUCAGCGCCCGAAACUAUUAAAUCGCAAAAAAGUGAUUUAUAUUCUUAUGCAGUCUUAUCUUAUUACAUUUUGUGCAUGGGAAUGCCAGAACCUAACUUUAAACUACCUUCUGGUCGUAUUCUUUCUUUCCAACGUAUGCUUGACGAACUCAUAAAUUGCGAUCCUCAAUUUCGCUUACCAUUUCGAGAAAUUGUCAACAGAUUCUUAACAGGCGAGAUAUUGAUACCAGGAACCGAUAUGAAAUAUUUCCAAAGAUACAUGUCAACAAUGAUAAAAUUCAAUAAUCAAAAUCCACAGCUUAAAAUACUCAGAAGCAAAGCGUACAACUUCGAUAUAAAAGCAAUGAAUGAAUUAUUCGAACUUACAGACGAUAUGGAAGCAAUUUACAUUGCAUAUCUCGCAUCUCUCAGAAAUGACACAACAGGAAUCAUCAAUUUAGGUCUCUGUUUCGAGAAAGGCCGUGGCACAACACCAGACAUACAAAGAGCAACAGAAUACUACGAUAUCGCAAAUUCAUUAGGAGAUGAAGAAGGAAGAUACCAUUUGGGUAGAAUGAUAUACAGAACAGACCAAGAAAAAGGUCUCGAAUUGAUCCACGAAGCUUCAAUUAAUGGCGUUGCAGCGGCAUCUAUCGAAUACGCAAAAUUGACGGGACAAAGAAGAUUUUUGGACAUUGCAUACAUGCAGUUGAACAAAGAUAAGAUAGAAGAAGAGCUCAAAAGGUAUAAAUCUCCGGAAUUAGAAGUAAGAUAUUGUAAUGAUCUGCAAAACAACGCGUUAAAACUAAAGAAACUCCAAAAAUUCGCUAAUAGCGGUAACAUUUACGCGAAAUAUGAGUAUAGUCGCCUUACAAGAAGUGAAAAUAGAAGUGAAUCUAUGAAAUUUCUUUUGGCAGCUGCAUAUAAUGGUGUUCCUCAAGCAAUGCUCGAUGUUGCGGAGAUAUAUUACAAAGGAUUACUUGUAGAUACUGAUGAAAGUCUUGCUUUUUAUUUUUUACGUAGAUUAAUCAACUCGAAUAUCUGUUUCCAAGAAUUGUUUGACUUUGUUAAGUACUACAGGGACCUCGGUCGACCUUUCUUUGUCUUUUUGUUCGGAUUAAUUCAUUAUAAAGGUUUAUUAGUCCGAAAGAACAUAGCAGAAGCAACAAAGACCUUCAAAAGAGGCAUGCAAUUAGAAAAUGCAGAUUGUGAAUUGUUCUUGGAAAGAAUACAACUUGAAGAAGAAAAGAAAGAAAAUCCAAAAAGUGACAAAAUUUUACAAAAUGAUCUUUCCAAAGAAAAAUUGAUAGAACUUGCCAAGAAAGGCUCAACAUACAGUGCAUCAUCAUGUGCGCUUUAUUAUUCGCUUGGAAUCAAUGGUUUCGAGAAAAAUUUGGAUUUUGCAACCGAAUAUUACCAACAAUGUUGCAAAAUUCUUGAUGCUGAUGCCAUCUUCCAUCUCGGUGUUAUCUUUUUAUACAAGAAAUCCCGUGAAUUCCAUGAAAAAGCUCAAGCUUUGUUUGAAGAAGGUUCAAAGCUUGGUGAUCCACGUUGCGAUGUGAUGAUUGCGUCAAUGUUACGCGAUGGCGUAUUUAAUUAUAAGUCUUCUUCCGAUGCAAAAGUUGUUUUUGAGAAUUAUAUUUCAAAUUGCGAUUUGGCAAAGGUAUAUUUGAGCAUGCACUACUACGCAAAUGGAGUUACAGAGUAUGAUUUCCAUAGAGCAUCUAUUUUGGCAUUCGAAUCUGCAGAGAAUUGCAAAGAUGGACUAUUUUACUCUGGAGUUCUCCUUUACGAAGGUGUCGGAACAGCUAUGGACAAAGAACAGGCCAUAGAAAUCUUCAAAAAGUGUAAGAAUGAAUAUAUUACUAUCAGACAAGAAGCAGUUUCAUAUAACGAAGACGAAAAUGAGAUGCAGCGAUAUUUCAGAUCUCAUAGAGAACUGGAAUAUUUACUGAAUAAUAAUGAUAUUAGUGUUUAA